UAUGGAAGGUCUCGUUUCGGUAUUUUUGCCUGUCUUUGUAAAUCUUGGACUGGCAGUUGUGGCCUUUCUUGCUACUUUCAAGCUAAUACGAUCAAUAUCUAGCAACUUUGUAAAAGCAGGCCUUCAUGGCAGAGAUCUUAACAAAACGUCUAGAGAACCUGUGCCCGAAGCUUUAGGGGUGAUUGCCGGAGUUGUGUAUCUUGUCAUGAUGUUUCUCUUCAUCCCUGUGCCAUUUUUUGUUCACUGGUGGACACGAGUUGGACCAGAUCCACACGAAAAAGUACUCUCAUUUAGAACAAAUACUCCUAUUUGUUCAUCGACCCUGCAGAACUGGAUGCUAAUCUAUCUAUCUACUGCAGAAACAACUGGGUAGAGUCUGUCAGCACUAAAUCACCUUUAGUCUUGUUCUAUUUGCUGCUAGAGCAGUGGUAACU